UCAUUGCCAAGGGAAUCAGCUGUUCCAAAUCUAAAUAAUAACAAAGAAAAAAAUUCAAUAAAUACAAUAAUAGUUUCAUUAUGUUCUGUAAUUCUUUAGUUUUGAGUGGAAUUUAAUUACAAAUUACGUGUUAUUUUUACCAUGGACGAUACGCCCCCGCUUAGCGUGGAACAUAUCUGCGAUGGAGAAGGUGAUGGAUGCCGAAGUGAUGCAAGAUGUUGUCACAACUUAAGGAAAGCCCUGCUUACCGAGGAGCGGAUGCGAAGAAAACUGCAAUUUUUCUUUAUGAACCCAAUAGAGAAAUGGCAUGCAAAGAAAAGGUUUCCCUUUAAAUUUGCAGUUCAAUGUGUGAAGAUUUUUUUGGUUACUCUACAAUUGUGUUUAUUUGCAUUUAGUAGUUAUGACCAUGUAAAUUAUAACUGGGACAACAAAAUAAGCUUUUGCCACCUUUUCCUUAAAGGAUGGGAUGCCACUCAAGAAGUAAAUGCUUACCCUCCCGCAAGUGGCCCACUUGCCAUCUACAAACAAGAAGACUUUUACACUACCAUUAACUACGCUUUCAAGGGUUAUACAAACCUAAAAGAUGCUGUCGGUGCUUAUUCAUAUGCCAAUGAGGAUAAUUCUCCAGCAGACAUGCAGCUAUGUAUUGAAGAGUACAAAGAGGGUAAAAUAUACGGGUUUAACGAGUCGUACGUGUUUAACAGUGAAGUGGUGAGGAGAUGCGAAAAUAUAUCCCAAUCAGAAGUGGGACCUGAACUUGACUCGCAACUACUCUUCUCAAACAACUCUUUUAACAUCAGUUUUGAUGCUCUAGUAAAAGCGGAGUUGAUGUUCUCAAUUAAGACAGUCAAUUUUAAAGCUGCAAGCAGAAUAAGCGCCCCAAACUGUUACAGAUUUGAUAUAACGAUCACAUUUAACAAUGAGGAUCAUGAUGGUCAAAUGUUGCUCAGUUUAGAUGCCGAUUCGUCGAGGCUAAAAUGCAAAGGCGAUACGGAAUUUAUUACAGACGAUGAAAUUUCGACAACACUGCGCAGUAUACUUAACUACACGGUGAUAGGGGUAUGUCUGGUAUCCCUUGUGCUGUGUUGCCGCACCGUGUGGCGAGCACAGCAACUUAAGAGGGUCACCAUAAUGUUUUUUGAGCAGCAGUUCAAUAAGACCCUAAGCAGUGCUGAUAGAAAUAAAUUUUUAAAUUUAUGGUAUUGCAUGAUUAUUGUUAAUGAUGUCUUAAUUAUUUUAGGUUCUUGUUUCAAAGAAGAGAUCGAAAGGCAGGGCUUUACAACAGACCACUGGAGCGUUUGCAGUUUGUUCCUGGGUAUCGGUAACAUGCUGGUAUGGUUUGGCAUUUUGAGAUACUUAGGAUUCUUUAAGACUUAUAAUAUUGUUAUUUUGACAUUGGAAAAGGCCGCACCACAAGUGUUAAGGUUUUUGCUUUGCGCCAUAUUGAUCUACGCAGGAUUCACAUUUUGCGGAUGGCUUAUUUUAGGCCCGUAUCAUCUAAAAUUCCGCACAUUAUCGACCACUUCCGAGUGUCUAUUUUCGCUUAUUAACGGAGACGACAUGUUUGCCACAUUUUCAAUUAUGUCAAACAAAUCCAGCUUGCUUUGGUGGUUUGCUAGGGCAUACUUGUACUCUUUUAUUAGCUUGUACAUAUAUGUCAUCUUGAAUCUGUUCAUUUCUGUGAUUACCGACACUUAUGAGACGAUUAAAUUAUACUACAGUGAAGGGUUUCCAAAAACAGACUUAGAAAACUUUAUAGGAAGCAUUACGUGUGACGAAAUGUGUAGCGGCAUUUUCAGGACCGGAUCGAGCGAGAGCCUCGGUGGAUUAAUUAAAGAUCUCUGCUGCUGCUACCCAAAGUUGCAAAAGAAUUAUUCGUCCUUGAGCAGGUCUAACUCGAUGCAGAACUCUAAUGUACUGAGUAGUAAUAACUCUAUUUAGAAAAAGGAAAAAAAACGAAAAAAAUCGUAGGAAGCUUUAAAUCGUUCAUGAUUUUAUAUAGUACAAAAAAUUGCUUUAUACUUAGAGUUGAAAACUUCAGUUACCAAUUUUAUAAUUAAUUAAACAUGUAAUGAAUUAAAUAGUAUCUUAGAGUCGAUUGUAAAAUACUCAUCAAUUUAUUAUUAAAAAAAAAUAAAUUAAUCAGUUUGGAAUCCGUGAUGAUGUCUCGACUUGCCAAACGAUGUAAUAAGUAAAUACCUAUUUUAUUAAACUUAAUUUUCAUAUCUUGUUACAAUAAUGUAUAUAUUUUUGUUUGAUUAGAAAUAUUAUGUUGAACAUUUUAUUCUUUUUUCUAAGGACUACAAUACUGCGCCAUGAAUUUAUUGUUAAAUUUGUUUUGUAUAUACAUACUACUAAACUGUAAGAAUAAAUUAUAUUAAACCAAUUUUCUUACCUUAUUGUUAAUUUGGGAUUUAUUAAAAUUGUUCAUCAACAAGUAAACCUUGAUAAAAGUUAAAGUGAUUCCAGUAGGAUGUGGUCUGUCGCAGUAACAGAAUCAGAAACAAUUUUUUAUUUUAGGAAAAAUUAAAGGUUUCAAGAAAGAAUGUUAAAUCUCAUAAAAUAUUUUAAAACUUAAGCAUAGCGGAAUUUUUGGUGUACUUUAGAAUGACAGUGAAAUAUUUUAAUGAUUAAUUGAAUUUGAUGAAGCCAUGUAAUUCUAUAAUAAAGGAGUUUAUACAUUAUAGAAAACCGAUAGAACCAGUUAAAGGUUUCACAGUAACAAUUAUCAAGAACAUGUGAAAUGAAUAAAUACUUAAUAUAUUUAUGAACAUUCAA